AAACGUUAUCUAAAGUUUGAGUACGUGCAGGUGAAAUGACCCUCUGUUAUCUAAAGCUUCAACGUUUUAUUGAAAGAUCAUUGGGUUUCUAAGAUGGAACGACUAUAUCGAGACUUUUUGUUGGUUGUCAUUGUGUUCGUAAUUGUAAGUUGUGUAAUUAAUUUUGCUUCCAUAUUUCGGUGCACUCCGAAGGAAAUAGUGAAAACUUUACCGUGUGUAAGAUAUAAUACUCAGUGUGCAUCCAGUGCAGAAAGUGUAAAGGAAAACGUGUUAUCUAACUUAACAGUAGUGUGGGACACGACGUCAGGUAAGGAUAGGAUAUAUGAACAAAUGAAUUACAAACCGGAAGUGGAUUUGUCUCGUAAUAAGAUUAUAUUGAUAAGCGGAAGCGGUGAUUUUGACGUUCCAAGAGGACAAGAAAAGUUUAUUCAGGACAACUGUCCGAUAAAAAAUUGUGAACUUCACAGAGACGAUAACCAGAAGAGAAAAGCCGACGCCAAACUCUUCAAUAUCAUGAUAAGUUUUAAUGAAUUAUCAAUGUUUAGUAGAGAUCCAAAUGAAAUAUGGAUUCUUUAUAUUUUGGAGGGUCCAUUGGCCACCCCAGAUUAUUUCUUGUUGGGUGAUAUUUUUAACUGGACAGUUGCAUAUCGCCAUGAUUCAACAAUAGUAGCGCCUUAUGAAAAAUGGUUACCAUUCACAGAGAGAAAGAAUAAGACUGAACCGAAAAAUUAUGCAGCUGGAAAGAAAAAGCUAGCAGCAAUUUUUGUAUCAAACUGUGAUACCAGUAAUAAUAGAAUGGGGUAUGUUACAGAGUUGCAGAAGUACAUACCUGUAGAUGUGUAUGGUGGUUGUGGAAAUAAACAGUGCGACAGAUCCAUCGAAAUGGAUUGCUUUAAAAUGUUGAAAAAAGACUACAAAUUUUAUCUGGCUUUCGAAAAUUCCAACUGCAGGGAUUAUAUAACAGAAAAGUUUUUCCGGAACGCUCUAAUGAAUGACGUGGUUCCUGUUGUCAUGGGAGCACAUCCUGAUGACUACAAAAGAUCUGCUCCACCGAACUCUUACCUGCACGUAGAAGACUUUGAAUCUGCUGAAAAUUUAGGAGAUUACCUCAAGUUUUUAGACGCUAAUGACGAAAAGUAUAAUGAGUAUUUCAAAUGGAAAGGAACAGGGGAUUUCAUAGACACUAAAUUCUGGUGUAGAUUAUGUGCAAUGUUAAAUGAUAUUAAUAAACCAAAUCUCGUCAUACGAGAUCUUGCAUCCUGGUGGAAAAAACCGGAAAUUUGUAUACGAGGAGACCAAAAAUGGCGAAGGUAACAUCAUUGAAU